AUGGCCAGUUCUGAAGUACGUCUAGAUGGAAUUGAGGCACAAGAGUCAGUGGAUGCCUACCCACGGAAGUUAAGAGGCGUGCCCAUUUUUCCCAUAUCCUUCAUUAUACAUUGGAUCGUUAGCACACUCCGGUCACGAGGUUUCCUUCCAGCCGAAGAAGGCACAGAAGGUACCGAGUCUGAGCCGAAGUUCUUUAUCAAGAUCAGCUUGUAUGAUCUGUUUGACUCCCCCGGUGAGUCUGUGCCGAUGACUCCUGAGAUCGUUACCGCAGUGAGCGCAGGUAAGAAAGAAUGGAUGGAGAAAUUGAAAAGCGAUGGUCAGCCAAUGGCAUGUCUCCAAAGCGAUCAAGGAGAUUCUGUUCUUCAUGUUGCUGCUUCGUGGGGUCAUCUUGAACUAGUGAAAAGUAUAGUCUCUGAAUGUCCAUGUCUUCUUCUAAAGCUAGACUCAAGGGAUCAGCUUCCGCUUCAUGUGGCCGCUCGUGCUGGUCAUAAAGAUGUUGUUGAGGCUCUUAUUGAGACAAUAGAAUUUGUCUCAGCUAAAAUUUCUGAUGACGAAGAGAGGAGCAUACUGAAUCUCUAUGUUUGCAAGGACAUAAAUGGAGAUACUCCUUUGCAUUUGGUCUUGAAGGAACUCCAUAAUAAAGAUAGAUAUUGGUCUGUGGCUUCUUCUUUGAUACAUGCGAACCGAUGUGCUUCAUUUCUUGCGAAUAAAGAUGGAAUAUCUCCCUUGUAUUUGGCAGUUGAAGCUGGAGAGGAAGUCCUUGUGAAAGCAAUGUUGAGAACCAGAGACAAUGAUAGACUUGAAGGGAGAAAAUUUCUUGUACACAAAGCUUUGAAGGCCAGGAGGACAGAUAUCCUUGAUCUUAUUCUUGACGAAUACCCAAGCCUUGAGGACGAGCGUGAUGAAGAAGGAAUGACUUGUCUUUCAUUUGGAGCAUCUAUAGGGUUUUCCGCAGGAGUACGGAAGUUGUUAAACCGAUCUCAAAAAAGUGUUUAUGUAUGCAAUGACGAUGGAUCCUUUCCGAUCCACUGUGCUGUAGAUAAACGUCAUACUUUUGUCGUACACAUGCUUGUCAAGCGUUGUCCAGAUACUAUAUACCUCCUUAACAAACAAGGUCAAAACAUUCUUCACAUUGCAGCAAAGAGUGGGAAAUCUUCACUUUUCUUUCUGGCUGGUUUACGCGAGAUAAGUAUUAUGGAGAAACAGCUGAUGGUGAAGCAAGAUGUGGAUGGGAAUACACCUAUACACCUGGCUGCCAUAAACUGGCGCCCUCGUACUCUUUAUUGGUUUCUGUGUUAUUUUGGGAAAAAGUGGUUAAACAUACGGAACAACAGUGGUUUAACAGCUCUUGGUGUUGUGGAGGCAAAUACGCAACCCAACUACAUCUUCAUGGAGAGGGUGACCCUAAUGGUGUUAUCAAUCUUUCACGGGAAAAGUAUGACAAAACGAUCAGAUCCCACAGCUAGUGACAAAAACAAAGAUUACAUCAAUACUCUUCUAGUAGUGGCAGCUCUUGUAGCAACCGUAACAUUUGCUGCUGGUUUUACAAUACCAGGUGGAUUCAACAGCUCUGAUCCUAACUUGGGCAUGGCAACUCUAGCUAAUGACACCAAACUCGUCGCAUUUAUGGUCUUUGACAUCCUGGCAAUGCAAAGCUCCAUCGUGACGAUUGCUACUCUAAUCUGGGCGCAGUUGGGCGAUCCAGCACUCGUUCAAAGAUCUUUAAUUGUGGCAUUGCCGUCACUGUUUUUGGCGCUUCUCUGCAUGCCAGGGGCAUUCUAUUUUGGCGUUCUUGUUGUAUUUGCGCAGGUUAAGGGGCUUGUGAUCUUCCUCAGCAUUUCAUCUGUGAUCUUCUUCUUUAUAAUGCUCUUUGUCCUUGGCCCCCACGUUCUUCUACAGAUACCUGGUAUUCCUGCUUACUUUGGUAUAUAUUUUGUGCCAUUCGUAUGGCUUCUUGAUGAGGACGCCUCUGCACAUGCUUCUGCUACGAAGAUCUCAAGCAAGAAUCUCAUCGAAAAGCAAGAAAGCACCUAAAAAGAG